CAUCAUCCUACUCGUGACUCGCUCACAACUCAGCCCGAUCCUCAUUCGCUGUCGCCCGAGGCCCGUCGCUGGCCAUCUUAUCGGUCUCUUACGUGAAGAUACUGUCUGCACAGUGGAGAUGAUGGAGCCCUAGUGCGACUUCCAAAUCUUUUCCACCCGCUUUAUGGCCCUCCGUUGCCAAACGGAGGUCGUCGAACGCGGACCGCGUAUCAUGACCGACUCGGCGGCAACGGGCCCAGGAGACGGCGCACAUGCGCCCCUGAUGGAUCUGAAGUCGGUGAAGGCAACUUCAGAUCAGACAUGGCGUAAAAUCGAGACAAUCGUCGCAACUCAAAACAGACAAAUUCAAGAGUUGCGUGGAGCUAUCGACACGCUGACGGCGUCCGAGCAGUCGCUUCAACAGAGGAACUCGAUUCUGAAGGGCAAGUUGGAAGGUGUCGAGGUGACUGCACGCCGUUUGGAAGAGACUCACAGGCGUCAGUUAGAUCAUGGGAGACGCAUAUUUUGUGCUCUGAAGAAGGACCAUGAUGCUCUGAAGGCGGAACACGAACAGAUGGUGGCGGAUCACAAGCGCCAUGAAGAGGGCUGGCGAUCAUUCAAGGCUUGGUGGCUCAGCAAGGUGGACCCAAACCGAAAGAUUGGCAAUAGCGAGGAGCAAUGCACACCUCGCACCAUACGCAAAGGCAGCAGAUCUUCCACCAGCGAUCAACGUGAUGUAGAGAUGUCAGCUCACGUCAAGCAAACCGCUCGACAGCUGAAAGAAGCCAACGAGGCUGCUACGAGCCCUCAAGCAGCUUCCACCUCGGGCAAGUCUAAAGAGACGCUGAGCUCUGCUGAUCGCAAGAUGCUGCGCCACUUUGGACUGGACCCGACUCGGGUUGGAUGCUCCGGCCCAUUUUUCGUGCCCAGAAGUAUGGAUGAUGUUGGUGGAUCACAGGGUGCCGGUGAGGCGCGCAUCACCAACCUUCAUGAUCACAAUCCUGAGGGUCAUGGAGAUGACAUUCAAGAAUGCGAGAUGGCUUCGCCAUGCGUCAAGUCUGUGUCCCCCUCAAAACCUGUCUCUCCGUCGCAUGAGGUGCUUCAGUCGAGGACUGUAAACGUUACCGUCAGAUCCCGAACGCAUACAGAUGCCCGCCAGUCAGCUUGUGGACGCGAGAACAAGAAGGUUGCUGCAAACGAGGUCACGCCUGCGCGCUCACCGCCUCAAAUUGCAGAGGACUUUGGCAAACCCCAACAUCUCCGUACACCACUUUCCAAAGAUCCGCAGUGUGAGCAGCGCAAGAAGAACCCAACGCGUUCCAAAGAACAGCACCGGGCGGAUGGCAGCAUUCCUUCGCCACUGCCUGAGGCUACGAGGCAAGGGCGCGACCGGAGCCUGCCGAGCGAUGAGGAAGAUGUCGAGCCUGAGCAGACCAAAAUUGACGUCUCGGCUGUUCGAGCCGCUUCACCGAAAGGCGCCGUAGUCGCUACGCUCGGACCCCCUCCAGAAGAUCACAGCGAAGAGGCGCGCAAAAGUACCAGGACUCCUCGCACCCCCAACGCUAUCGUCAGCGUGCCGCAUGUCGCCAUCGGUCGGCCAAUACUUGACGAAAUUACGCGGAACGUCUCCCCUCUACCUAAGACGAGCAGCUUCAUAGAUCUUGAGCUCGGCCCAGCCGCCUUUGCGAAGGUCGACAAGGAUGGACCGGAGUCGAAUUCGGCUCGCAAACGCAUCAAAUUGGACAUUGCGGACGCGCAGCAGCAGAAGGAAGAGUUCAGGCGACAGAGGCGUGAGAAGCGUAGAGAGGAGGUCGAAGAGCUGGCACGUAAUCCGAACAAGUUCAAAGGCAACGGAAGAUAUGCAAACGAGCUGCGAGGUGCCACACGCACCAUCAAUCAGGAUUUUGAGAUCGAUCCCGCGCAGAAUGGCGGAGUCGCCUUUCCCCACAAAGAAGUGGUGAGAGGCAAGCAGGCGCGCAAGAGCUUGCAUGCAUAUGACUGUCAUUGCUGCGCAGCUUGGUACGAGGCUGUAGGCCCGCAUGCUAGACCCGAGGAUCGUCAAGCUCAAUUGCAACAGACGAGCCGCCAUCGUGCUUACGGGCCUCCUGCGUCUACUCCCGAAGGAUAUUGGCGCAUCGAAUUUCCGGAGUCAGCUGAAGCGGAAAAGAUCAAUGCACAGGCUGAGGAGCAGCGAAGAAACAAGAGGGCGCAAAUAGAAAGAGACCCGAGGUUCCGUGAGAGGAUUCACUGAGGCAUUCGCGGCCUGCAGCGGUACCGGGCUAGACACCUUGCCGCAACUAUUAGCGCUGCAUCGCAUUCUUGAGAUGCAGGCAGUAGCAAAUGAUAUCGAUUCGAGUACAUUUUGAAUCCGCUUUGAG